UUUUCCACCCUCGUCAACUCUUCCGGGACAAUCUAUUUCUACUAUACAUCGGGCUUCGGAUCUUAUUUCGGGAUAAGCGCGCAUCGCAACCGCAACACCAACCCAGGACCAACCCAGGGAAUCCCAACCUCGCCUCUCAGGAGGUUGAGGACAGGAAUUCUCACACCGAGUCGCGCAGCAAAUCUCCACACCAACCGCCGCCAUGUGCCGGGUCGAGGAGCGUGUCUACAUUACGGCGGACGGCCGGCGCCAGACCUUUGAGGACACAUACCACUGCGACAAGGCCCAUCGCGGGAAGCUGUGCUCGAAGGUCAAGAGGAGGACGACUGAAUACUUUAAACCGGCCCCGUCGCAAGUCUCCCGCGACGAUGCAUCUUCACCGGCUUCAAACAACCCGCCUACGCCAACCGGAACCUAUUAUGUGGAGCGCCGUGAGCCCUCAGGAGUCGCGCGCAGGCCCUCCACCCGAGAUGGGCAACGGGUGACUGCACUCAAGCCCGAAAUUAUCAUUGAAUUCGGCGCUAAGAAGGACAAGAGCAAGAAGUAUCCACAUCCACAUGUCUCGCUCUCCGCCAGCAAAUCGUACAAGCGAUCGUCACUCGGCACAGCUUCCAUAGGUUCGAACGAAGUCGCCGUCGAAUCUCCUGGAUCAGACGCUUCAUAUCCCAUCCGAACAGGCUUCCCAGAGGCGCCUGUUCCUCCGACCGACCCUUUUGGGCAAGCGCCCGGUUACACGACCAGGCCGGCAGUGCCCCAAAGCCACCACCGCCACACUUCAUCAGCCUCAUCCUACACGACCAGCCAGCCCCCUUCUCUCUAUGCUACUUCGGAACCCGAGUCACCCUCAGGACGUCGCGCCCCUCGGUACCCUCCGACAAUAGUGCACAACACUCUCCCCGGAGUCGCGCCUUCCUCGCCGACCGCAUCACGUGGCUCCGCUCCUGCUCCAUCCAGCCCGUAUCGCACCACGAUCCGGGCACCGCAAGGUUCAUCGCACGACAAUCUUGCCCCGGAUGGUCUCACACCCCUUGAGUAUACUGAAUUCCAUGACCGCUCAGCCUCUUCGCAUGCCAGCUCUGGCCGGGCCGUGGCACCCGAAAUCAUCGACCGCGCCGUCGAUCGCGAACGUCGACGGAAGCAGAAGGAAGACGACAAGAAGCGCCAGGAGGAAGCUGAUCGCCGGUACGCUGAAGACCUUGCAAAGCAGGAGGAGGUCAAGCAAGUCCGCUUCGAGCUCGGGCGAGCCGAGGACAGGCAACGGCAGCGCGGAGAGCAAAAGCUUGCAGAGAGUGAGAAGCGCAGGGCCGAGGAAAGGGAAGAGGCAAGGCGGCGAAAAGCUAGGGAGCAAGAGGAGAAGGCUGCAAAGGAAUCAAGAAGAGAAAAGACCAAGCCGCCACCAGCCUACAACAACAACAAGCCAUCCGGUCGCCCGCGCAGGCAUUCCAUGACCCAGGCCGAAAAAGAAGAGCGUGAUCGCCUGCUUGCGGAAACAGAGGCCCAGAUGGAACGCGAGCGUAUGGCCACCGAGGUGCGAGAGCGGGAGGAACGAGCUGCGCAACUGCGAGAGGAGCAACAAAAAAAUGCGUACUGGGACCCGCGUGGUGGAGACCGCUUCCCUGUCGCCAACAACGGCCCCGGUAUUGGCCGCCGCGGUUCGGUAUCUCAGUCUCAUGGCCGCCGAGGAAGUAUUUCCGGAAAUCCUCCUCCCCCCUCUAUGCCUCUUGGCAGAUCAAACAGCACCCGCCGGGGCUCCGUUGUCAUUCAGCAAGUUCCGCCCAUCAAUACCACUUUCGCACAGCCGCAGUACAAUACUCGCCCGCCGAGCUCACACGGCCCUCCUCCCCCGCUCUUCUCGCCUGGGUCGUACACCGACUCCACUCGUCCUCCUUCCGCGCGUCAUCCGUCGUAUCACCGGGAUAACCCCUUCGCCGCGCCCCCGACUCGAGUGCCCCACAACACUCAGGACAACCCCUUCGCGCAGCCGCCAUCCGUCCUGCACUCGCCACCCGCGACUACCGCUGAUCCAUGGGAUGCUCGAAAUUUGCGUGAGGCCCUUCCUGCGCGCACCAGCAGCCAACACCAUACCAUUCACCGCCCUGUAGACGACCGCUCCCAUGGCCAUACGGCCCAUACCCGAGCCGCACAGCAGGCAACGCGCGCUAUGGGCAAGGCUGUGGGCUACGAGAACGACUAUGAGAGCUCCUCCGAGAACGAGGAAGAUCGGCGAGCGGGCUAUAGUGCCAGGCUCGGUCCGGGCAAGGGCGGCAAGAGGAGGGCGGGCAAUUAAAGGGGUUUGUUCUCUUUCGCUAGCUGCCUGCACAUUGCAGCUCCGUCUUCUCUUUCCUUUUCUUAAAACUUCUUCCUUUCCGUCUGCAGGGGAAAUGAGAUGGAACUCUGGGAAGAGUCAUUCGGACUUUCUUUCUUUACUCCCCGUCAUAGACCGUACAUAGACCAGGCGUUUUGAUCGUUUGUUCUUACGUCUAGUCAGUCUCUCGGUCUCGCAUUCAUGUUGUAUGUAUACGUACCGUCGUACCUUGACACACUCUUAUACCCGAUUACAUUGUAGUGUCCUCGCGGGCAGUUUUCCUUUUCUUAUACAUAUAUACCCCCAAAACAUCUUUCCUUCGUGUCAUAUACCCUUGCGUCAUCACGUACUGUAGACCAGCGUUCUUUCUUACUUCACGGCUUGCUGGUGCAGAAUUGAACAAUCUUAUCAGCUCCAC